GGGGCGGGGGCGCGCUUCCAGGCACAGCCCGGCACCAGGGGCCGCCCCCGCCGUCCCUCUGCCCCAAGCUUCCCCACUCCGGGCUUGGAAGCCCCGAGGAUGCCGUCUCUUGGCUCCAUUACGGCACCUCUGGGUGGAAAGGAGCCCGCCUCACGCUACGGAUCCCAGGCAGUAAAACGCAGGCCCAAGGAAAUUCGGAGAAGUCGAAACAUAAACGUAUCGGGAUUGAGAUUCUCUUGCGGCCCCCCCCCCCAUAACCCCCGUGCCUCCAAGAAAGCCCCUGAGGGACGGUGGCGAGCAGGCACCUACGGAACAGUGUUCAAGGCCAAAAACCGGGAGACUCAUGAGAUCGUGGCUCUGAAACGGGUGAGGCUGGAUGACGAUGAUGAGGGUGUGCCGAGUUCUGCCCUCCGGGAGAUCUGCCUACUCAAGGAGCUGAAGCACAAGAACAUCGUCAGGCUUCAUGAUGUCCUGCACAGUGACAAGAAGCUGACUUUGGUUUUUGAAUUCUGUGACCAGGACCUGAAGAAGUAUUUUGACAGUUGCAAUGGUGACCUUGAUCCUGAGAUUGUAAAGUCCUUCCUCUUCCAGCUACUGAAAGGCCUGGGAUUCUGUCAUAGCCGCAAUGUGCUACACAGGGACCUGAAGCCCCAGAACCUGCUAAUAAACAGGAAUGGGGAGCUGAAAUUGGCUGAUUUCGGCCUGGCUCGAGCCUUUGGGAUCCCUGUCCGCUGUUACUCAGCUGAGGUGGUCACACUGUGGUACCGCCCACCGGAUGUCCUCUUUGGGGCCAAGCUGUACUCCACGUCCAUCGACAUGUGGUCAGCCGGCUGCAUCUUUGCAGAGCUGGCCAAUGCUGGGCGGCCUCUUUUUCCCGGCAAUGAUGUUGAUGACCAGUUGAAGAGGAUCUUCCGGCUGCUGGGGACGCCCACCGAGGAGCAGUGGCCCUCUAUGACCAAGCUGCCAGACUAUAAGCCCUACCCGAUGUACCCGGCCACAACAUCCCUGGUGAACGUUGUGCCCAAACUCAAUGCCACGGGGAGGGACCUGCUGCAGAACCUUCUGAAGUGUAACCCUGUCCAGCGUAUCUCAGCAGAAGAGGCCCUGCAGCACCCCUACUUCUCUGACUUCUGCCCGCCCUAGGCCCCAGGAUCCCCGGCCUCCAGGCUGGGGCCUGGCCUAUUUAAGCCCCCUCUUGGGAGGGGCAAGAUGGUGGGGGUGCCCCGUGUGCUGUGCUCCAGCUGUGCUGGGCCCAGCUGGGGUGGGUUGCCUGAGCCUAAGUUUCUCACUCCCUUUGUGGACUUUAUUUAAUUUCAUAAAUUGGCUCCUUUCCCACAGU